AUGGCUCCAUCAUUCUCUAAGCUGGGCGCUUUUGCCCUGGCUCUUGCCUCUGGCGUCACUGCCACCCAGAAGUACGUCCUCUCCGAGGAGUACACACCAUCCAACCUUUUCGAGAACUUCGAGUUCAUGGAGUUCAAGGGGAACGACGAAGACCCCAACAGGGGACAUGUACGGUAUCAAAGCCAGGCCGACGCCCUCCAGCUUGGUCUCAUCGAUCCCGUCAACACCGACGACGUCUUCAUCGGUGUCGACUACACCAAGUGGGCCGAACAUGGCCGUGAGAGUGUCAGAAUCGAGAGUUUGAACUCGUACAGCAAGGGUCUCUUCAUCGCCGAGUUUACUCACUUGCCCAAGGCCGUUUGCGGUGCCUGGCCAGCUUUCUGGCUGACUGGUGAGCAGUGGCCCACGCAUGGCGAGAUUGAUAUCUAUGAGGGAUGGAACUUGAACCCGCAGAACAAGGUCGUUGGCCAUACCGAGGUGAAGACCGCUGGUGUGUGCAAGAUUGACACUGAUGUCAGCUCUGGCUUCGUCCAUUACCCUGACUGCGAUGUCGUGGCCGAGGGCCAGCCCACCAACGCUGGUUGCGCACUUGAUGAGGGUAACAAUCUCUUUGGUAACCCCAACGGUGGUAUCUGGGCCACCGAGUGGACUGAGACCACCUUCAAGGUCUGGAGCUGGGCUCGCGGCGCCGAGCCCCGGGAUGUCGCCAGUGGAUCGCCCGAUCCUCUGAGUUGGGGGCCCCCUAGCUUCGCUCUUACUCUCAAGAGCUGCGAUGUCAGAAGUGCCUUCAAGGAUAUGCGCAUGGUCCUCAACAUCAACUUCUCGAGCCAAUUUGACACGUGCUACGAGUACGUCAGGGAUCACGGCGCUGACUUUGAAGACGUUUUCUGGAAGGUCAAGGGCAUCAGCGUCUACCAGCUUGAGGAUGCCGCUACCUCUACCAGCACCACUGUUUCCAGCACCACCAGCACCACCCAGACUGUGACCUCUGCUGAGCCUACCGUGACCGAGACUGCCUCUGAGACUGUAUCCGAGGAGCCUACUUCCACCAUCACCUCCGACUCUGAGGAGCCCACCGCUACCGAGACGGCUACUGAGACUGCCACCGAGUCUGCCGCCGAGUCUGCUACCGAGACUGCCUCCGAGACUGUUACUGAGACCACCUCCGAGUCUGCCACCGAGACUGUGGAGGUUACCACUACCAGCGAGACCGCCACCACCACUGACGGCCCUGAGCCAACCCUGACCACCGAGGCCCCCGAGACCACCACCACCGCCAGCCCCGGUGAUGAGGAUGAGGAUGACGUCUGCUCGGAUGACGAGGAGGAGACCACCACCACCGAUAUUGCUACUGCUACUGAGACCGAGACCGCUGAGCCUACUGGCGAGCCCACCGAGACUGCUGAGCCUUCCGCUGAGCCCACUGAUGCUGAGACCACUGGCGUUGACCCUACCGAGACUGCCGUCCCCACCGAGACCGGUUCCGACGAGGUCACCACCACUGCCCAGGAGUUCACCACCUCGACCAUCUUCGCCACCGAAACCUUCACUGUUACCUCGUGCGCUCCCAGCGUCACCUCUUGCCCCGGUCGCGUCGUGACCUCCGUUAUCGCCAUCGGCACCACCGUCUGCCCCGUCACUCCCACCGUCACCGCCACCCCUGAGCCUACCGAGACCGCCACUCUCCCUGACGGCUGGACCACCUCCACCGUCUACGCCACCGAAGUCAUCACCGUCUCUUCCUGCCCUCCCACCGUUGUCGACUGCCCCAGCCGCGUCGUGACUUCCAUCGUUGCCGUUGGCACCACCGUCUGCCCUAUUGGUAGCGCCACCGUUCCGGGCGAGAGUGUUCCCACCGACGUCCCUACCGUCGGCGUGCCUGGCGAGGGUGUCCCCACUGACGGCAUCCCCGUCGAGGGUGUCCCUACUGAUGUCCCUACCGGCGGUGUUCCCACCGGUGGCAUCCCCAACAUCGACACCACCCUCACCACCCUCCUCACCUCGACCGGCACCAGGACCGUCACCCUCACCGGCGGUGUCGAGCAGUCCACCAGCGUUCCCCCCGUUGUCGUCCCCGUCCCCACCGGCGGUGCCCCCAUCAACAGCGGAAACAACGGCACUUUUGUGCCCCAGCCCCCCACCAAGCCUGCGUAUACCUACUCUCCUGAGGUUACGCUCCCCUUGGUGCCCAUCAACGAGCAGAUUCCCGCUCCUGGGCCUACCAAGCUCCCGAUUGUUGAGGUGAACGGUGCGGGCAGGAUGGUUGUUGGUGGGUUGAUGGGUGUGGUUGCUGCUUUGGCGCUUGUGCUUUAA